AUCAUCGAACAUCAAAAUAAACUUUCCAUGGACACACCGGCGGCUCCUCUGGAGCAGGAUGGAGAGAUAUAUGGCGGUAUAAUGCAGUGUGAGCAGCAGCUGAAGACCACACUGCACUGUGAUGACAAGGAGAAGCUUCGUAGGAAGUUGGCACUGUUACAAAGGGAGUACCUCAGGACAGCUGAGAAACUACAGCGUGCUGAGCGUUUGGAUGCAGUGCGGAGACAUGUGAGGAGUAGGAUUGAUCAGCAGAACCACCAGGACCAGAGAGACCCAGAGGUGACAUCUAACCCCAGUCUCAACCCAUCUCCAUUGAUACCAAACACCACCAAUGGGACAGCCACAAGUGAAGCUCAGUGCCAGGGACACACUGAAGGUCCAGCAAAUUCUGAUAACUCCAGGAAGAGCCAGGUGAUCAGGUUCCUGCUCCCUUCUGAUGCUGCUUGCCCACAAACUGCAGAUCCCAGCCAUGACACAGCUAGAGGUCACAGACCCAGUUCUGGCCUGUGCCUCAGGUCUCGGCGCAGCCGCCUGCGCCUGGAAAGGAGGAGUGCUGAGGCUGGCAGGAGCACGGACGACAACAGUGAAGAAGGACUGGGGCAGAGUGAAAGUGUGGAGAAUAUUAAAGCAGGAGAAAGUGAAGAGAGAGUGAAAAUAGAAGAAAGAGAGGUUGUGAAUGAAAGUGAAGAGCUAUUUUCUGGUACAGACUCCGAGUCUCCCUCUCUGCUGCUUACACACUGGAACACUUGUGGACAAACUGAAACAGGAGGUAUCGUGGGAAAAGAUGUACAGGGACAACAGGAACCAAGGGAAAAAGAGAUCGAGCUGAGCGCUGAAGGAAAAAAAGAAUCAGAGUCAACAUCUUUGCUGCUCACACACUGGAACCCUGCUAUACACACUGAAGGGAGGGAACAAGAUGGUGCACAAAAUGGAAGAAGAAAGGAGAUAAAAGGAGGAGGGGAAGAUGGGAAUAGUAGAGAACAGAGUGAUAGAAGGCUGUAUGAAGACAGCAGCAAUAAAGAUACUGCGGCAGAGAAAAUGGAAACUGAAAAAAGCCAUGAUAACAAAGCUGAAAUAAUAGAAGAAAAAAGUGAGAUGGCUGAAGGAGAGCAUGAUGUAAAGGGUGUGAGUCUCUUGGACUCCUGUACCCUAGUGGAAGGACUACUUUUCCCAGCAGAGUACUACGUACGAACCACAAGACGUAUGACAUUUUCUCAGAGCCAGCCUGACAUGCAGGCCGUCAUACUCUCCCAGCUGAGCAUGGGACGACGUCGCAGGAGCCAGGGCUGUGGCCGUGGUAGAGGAUUGAACAGGCACACACACAACCUUGAGCAUUCAGAUCAACACACUCACGCCGGUUCCUCAUCACUGACGCCUGCAUCUUCAGGUCCUCAUACGGAAUCACAGUCUGCUGAUACAUCUGCUGAGCUCAACAGUCAGAACUCCGGUGGGAUUUCAGAUCAAACCUCAGCUUGUCAGAUCGACAUGGACGCUUCUUUUUCUCCCACGGUUACAACUACUCGUCCAGCAAGAGGUAGGAGGAAGAGAAGAGGCAGGGGCAGAGGGAGACCUCAGACCCCACGAAGCUCUCUCAGUUUAGACACUCAUCAACUGGGCCUUGGACAAACCUCAGAUAAUCCCCAGCCCACGAGCUCCCUGGGCUCUUCCUCGCCAUCUCUCCAUGUAGCUGAUGGACCAAAGCCCAGCUUCACUCCAGGAGAAGCUGUUCUAGUGCGGGACGACCCCCUGCCUGUGUCCACCCACGGCACAGAUACACAGCCUUCCUCUGGAGAUCGGUCUGACUCUACCUCUGGACAUCUGGAGAAGGUCUAUCCCAUCUUUCUGAAGAACAGUGGCAGGACUAACGGAUCCUCACAGAUGAGUAGAAGUGCAGCAAGCUGGCGGUCCCUCCUCUUGCCCUCUUCUCCAUCUGCCCAGUCGUCUCUGCUUCCUCUGCCCUCCCAGUCCCCCGGCCUGCUGGUCAACAACCUCACGAACUUCGACAUUCCACAAGAUUUUCAUCUCCCCGAUGACCAGUUUGCCUCCCUAAAGCUGCACAAGCUCCGUCAAGUUGCUCUGGAAUCAGGGGUCGAAUAUUUUACAUCACCGUCUUGCAAUACACGCAGCAGCAGCCGCCGCUUUGGCGCUCAUUACAGCAGCAGUGACCCAGCGAUGCCUCUUCCACUUCAGCUCAGCCUCACGCCCACAAUCACAACCUCCCCCCAUCCCACUGAAGCAAAACAAGCUGCUACACAGUCUGUAGACCCGCAGAACAUGUCAGUAGAGCACAAGCUCACAGAUAAAUUGACAAGCCAGCAAACUGAAUGUUCAUUAGAUCAAAAUAUUGCAGAAACCCCUGGAGAGCAGCAGACUGAAAACCCUUACCCUGAGUGUCAGACUCACACCACCUCCACAGAGUCUGUGUCAGUGGUUCAAGAUUGUGCUGCUGACUGUGUUGAUCAAAAUAAAGAGCAACAUACUGUGAUUCUAGAUAUUGACCACCCUGUCAACCCACAGCCUCACAUCAACUUUGCAGACAGACCUGCAGGCCAGGUGAAUGAUGAUAUCAUCAGGCGUUCAGAUGAACUUCAAAUAAAAGAGUCUUCUGUUAUUUCAUCAGAGGAACGAACAGAUUGUCCUACUGUGCUCCGCCCUUUAGCGGAUCAGCAGUUUACAAACCACCAAGCAGAAGACAAAGCUAUCAUCAAGACUCUUUCCUUUAAUGGCCCUCUACAGGAAUCCUCCGAGGAGCCUUCUAACAGCUGCACUGCUGCACAGUUAUGUGACGACAGUGACUCUCCUGUGCAGCAUCUGAAUGCUGCUAAAGAUUCAAAUGAAUCCUCUGAGCCCACCACAAGUCCUGCCAGAGACAGAUUGCUGGACAAUGAGAAUCAGGACAAGUGUUUACUGCAGCACAGAGUCCACUCUCAGCUCCUGUUGAGCCCUGUGGCAUCAGCACCCUUUGUAACCCCGCACAUGCCCUCCUCUGCUCUCCUCUCCAGCCCCGCAUUACCAUCCCUAGGACUCACCCCACACAAUAUCUCUGCUGCCCUCCGUUUGACCUCCUCUCCCAGUACCCCACCUCUCACCCUGCCUCCCCCUCAUAGCCCGUCCACCCAGGCCCUCUCCCCUCCUGUUCUGACUCCCUGUCCAUCCCUCACUUCUGUCCCUUCAAGCCAGCCGCCCACCUCCCCCGCUGUUCAGAUUCAGGCUUCACCUGAGCCGGUAUGUACCGAUGAUGACCGCCCGGCUGUAUCCAGCAUCCAGUCACAGGGCUCAGGUGGGCAGGUGGGGACAGCAGACGAACACAUGAUGAGAUGCACACACACAUUGAAGGCCCCAGCAGGAGGCUGUCUGGUGGAUGUGUGCUGUCUAUCCAGGUCCUCAGGUGGUUUGUAUGUCGCAGCAGCUGGAGAGUGGGCAGUGUGUCUCUGGAGUCAGACCUCAGCUUCUGACUGGAGCUUAACACACACCUGGGCCUUCAAUGAGCCAGUGAUCAAUUUGUUUCCAGUCCCAGAUGCUGCUGGGCUGAUGUGUGUGACUCUGGGUCAACUGGAAAUCAGAGAAGUGAGGACCCUGUCGUGCUCCAGCCUCUCACAAGUGCUGCUCUCUAAGGAUGUCGUCCAGGCUGUCGUUGGUGUGUCCAAGUCCAGAGUGGUUACAUCCUCCCACUCAGCCUCUGGUUCCACCCUGCAGGUGUUUACGCUGUCAGACAGCGGCAGCACAUCGAGCUCUCAGCCUCUCAUGUCUCCUGGUGUUUGUGUCGGGGCUCUCGCUCCUGUGGACGAACUUUCAGAUGCUCUGAUCGGCUCUGACGAGGGCGGACGCCUCUUCAUCUGGAAUUUAAAGACUGGACAGCUGCUGCGGAGAAUCAUCCUCGGAGAUGAGUUAUCACACACAGCCUGUCUGCGAGGAUACUCCUCUUUGCAUGGAGUGCUAUUCGUCCUGCUGCAGCACCAGUUGCUGAGCUCCCUGAAUGAAGAAGAAAAAGAAGCCACAGCCAAAGAGCGGAUGUUUUUGGACGAAGGGAAGGAAGAGGAAAGGAAGAAGACCGUCCUGUUCUCCUUGGUGGCCCUUAACCCUCUAAGUGGAAAAUCUAUCCUGGCUACUCGGGUGUAUCCGCCCAAAGCCUGGUCUGGCAGGCUGUGCGAAGCUGAUGUCAACAGCUCCAGCGUGGUGGGCCUGAGUCAGAGCGGCAGUGUGUGCGUGUGGGAGCUCGGGCGCAGGGGGGCCUCGAGGAUGGUGUGGGCUCCUGAGAGCGAGGGCUGGCAGCUGGCUAGAUGGGGUGGAGGAGGUACUCUGGUGACUGGUCAUCACAACGGAGAUGUUUCUCUACACUGCUACAGCACGAGUCAGACUUCACUCUGCCACUAAUAUUUAAGGGAUAGUUUUGGAAGUGGAGAUGUAUGAGGUACUCAUCCAAACCCAGCGUAUUUGAUAUUGAUAUUUUUUGGUUGGACUUUUUUAGGAGACUAAAAAUGUGAUUUACAGUUUCCCCCAUCCGCAGCAGUACAUUGCUCAGCUUCCGUGACAGUACUCCUGCCUGCUUCUUCAAACUUGAAAAUCACCGACCGCCAUCUACUGUAGGAAAUACACUGAGUGUGGACCUUAUACAACCCCACUUCAAAAAAUCCAAACUGUCCCUUUAAAGACUCUAUGAUUACUUUUAUCAAGUAAAUAUUUCACUGUAUGAAAGUUUACAUGAAGGUUUUAACCUUUUAAAAUACUUCACUAUCACAUUUGUUAACUCAACUUGAUCCUGAGCACGUUGCAAAGAGGUUUUUGUCGCUUCCCUUAAAGACGUUUCAGCUUGACGAAAUUCAUCUUUCAUGUACAGGAGUGUCACUGUAAUAUCCAUAUUCCACAAGUCAUUUGCUGUUCCUAAAAUAACCUCAACGAGACUGAAUCUUUAAAAGUGGAGUGCUUCUAAAUUGUGUUUGUUGUCCUGCAGCCUUUCUACACUGUUUUUAGAGUAACACACACUGAACCUCUUCAUGUGGGAAUGUUUACAUGAAGGUGGAUUUUCACUUUUUAGACCACUAUGUUCCCAAAACUGACUGUGUUCUGUUACUGCUGCUGUUUGACUGUUCGUUCCUUUUCUGUCUUUAAUACAUUGUUGUAUUUCUUAUAUUUAAAAAAAAGUGUUGCCAAAGUUUUCUUUUAUAAUUUACAUUAAAC